AUGCGGAUAACAGUAAUCGGUCCCAAAUUGAGCGGAAAGAGCCAUUUACUCUCUCUUUUGGAUGCAGAACCCGAAGAGAAUUUUGUCGAAGAAUGUCCAGUCUUCAUCACUUCUACAGAUGUAAAGAGCAAGAAAGGGAUUCACAAAUUUGCCAUCACGGAAGUGUCAUCAAAAUUUCACAAGAUCAAGAAUUAUGAAGUGAGGGAGGACGCGCUCAAGUAUCUCUACGACUUGUCAGACUGUUUCCUUAUUUUAUGGUCAAAUCAACACGGCUAUUUGGAGGCAGUCGAUGAUAUUUUCGAGCACCUUCGAGAGUACUGUCCACUUGUCAAAAUUUUCUUCGUUUAUAACAAAAAUACCUCGAUAAAGAAAGUGAAGGCUACAUCCUCAACUCUAACAAAUACGAAGUAUCUAAAAGAAUGUUGCAAGCGAUAUCGAGUCACAUUUUUAAAAAAGACAAAUUUGAAGAAGAGCAAGAAAAAUAAAAUUGAAAAAAUGCUUCUGAAAAUGAUCCCUAAGAACCUUGAGGACUUAUACGAAGACUCUGAAUUUGAUUUUGCCGUGCGAGAUUUCUACGAAACUGAAACAAACGACUUGGAUGAGUCGUCUUUCCUCGACAGCUCGCUCGAUACUUCACUGGAUACAACGCUUGGCUCCACUUUUUGA